AUGCUAGCGAGCUGUUGUUACAUCAAAACGUCGGCGUGCGGAGACGGAACCUCCUCGCGCAUCAGGGAGCGACGCGUGCCGAGGAUUAGAGGACGGUUGGGAGUGGUAGCCAAUGAGAACGCAGAAUACGGGAUGAGGGGAAACCCGGGGGAGGAGCUGUACAAACUUGGAAUGAGCACGGGCAGGAUCAUCUUUUACGAGGACAGGAACUUUUCAGGACGUUCCUGGGAGUGCAGCGGCGACUGUCCCAACAUGUCCUCCUACCUGAACCGCUGUUACUCCUGUAGGGUGGAGGGUGGCUGCUGGAUGGUCUACGACCGUCCCAACUUCAUGGGGAACCAGUACUUUCUCAGGAAGGGUGAAUACAACGACUACAUCAGCCAGUGGGGGAUGAACGGCUGGAUCCGCUCCUGUCGCAUGAUCCCCAUGUACAGCGGACCAUACCGGACGAGGAUCUACGAGCGGGAGAACUUCAUGGGUCAGAUGAUGGAGAUGAGCGAAGACUGCGACUCCUUCACGGAUCGUUACCGCUGGUCUCACGGCUGCAUGUCGUGCCACGUGAUGGACGGACACUGGCUCAUGUACGAGUACCCGCAUUACAAGGGCAGGAUGUGGUACCUCAGCCCCGGACAGUACAGGAACUACAGGCACAUGAUGGGCAUGAGCGGCAUGAGCGGCAUGAGGUUCAUGAGCAUGAGGCGCAUCCAGGAUUCCUGGUUCUACUAA